UACUAAUAAUAAAUUAUAUAUUAUACUUAAAAUUUUAUCGAACUAUUCUGUGUUUACUGCAGUUAUAUUUUUAAGAAACCAAAUGUCUAAAGUUCGGUUACAUCAAAAGUAUGAUGAUACAAUUCAGUGCUUUUUCUUUUCUUCAAAAAACUAUAAUAAUAGUGAAUGGCAAAAACUGUGCGAUUUGAUAAAUAAAACUAUAACUUCGUUAUCACAAGAAUACAUUUGGCAUCGAGACGAAUUUAAAGUUGUUUUGCCUAUUACAUCUGGAGAUAAAAAUGAUAUUCCACAACAUCUCAUUAGCAUCACAUGUUUUGGUGACAAUGUUGAGGAUGAAUGGUUUAUUGUGUAUCUUUUAUUAGAACUUACAAAAAACUACCCAGAUUUAAUAAUACAAAUUGAAGACAAUGAUGGUGACUUUCUAUUGAUAGAGGCUGCUGAUUUUUUACCUACUUGGGCUAAUCCUGACACUACUGAAAACAGAGUUUUUAUUCAUGACCAUUCUGUUCAUAUAAUUCCACCAUGUAUUAUUCCUGUUGAUUCUAUUCUCACUUUGAACGAGGCUUUACAAAUUCUUACACUGAAGUCUGAGGAAACUAAAGCCUCUCCCGAAAUACAACAAGCUAUUUUUAAAAGAAUUGGGAGUUACCCUCAACAAAUACAUGAAAAUUGCCACAGAACUAUCAUAAAACUGCCAGUAGAAAUAGCAGCAGUGUUAACACUCAAACCAUCCCUGAUUUCUUAUCUUGUGAGUACAUAUUGCAGUCUUGAUGCUCUUGAUGCAAAACUUUGUAAAGAUAUUGAUGUUGAUGAUGGUUUAAAUGUUGAAAUAAAAUUAACGAAAUUUUUAUAUGCUAUGCUUGUGCACACAAGAUUCCCUACUGGUUAUAGAUUUAAAACUAUGGCAAAUGACGCUAAAACUAAACUUGGGUUAAAGUUGAUAUGUGCUUAUAAGAAAAUGAUAGCUAAAUCUGCUAGUGAUGUUUUCUCAACACCAGAAUAUAAAACAUUCAUUAACAGCUUAAUUAAUAAUGGUUAUUUCAAAGAAAAUUUACAGGGGUCAGUUGAAUAUACAAGAUUAUUAGCAAACGCACAAACCUAUUUUUCCAACAUGGAAUGUCCCAUAAGUACCUAUGUUUGUAAUAUUAUUAAUGAUAUUAAAUCAACUGAUAAAUUUAAGAGUACUAUUCAAUUAUUACAAAACCAAAGUGAUAGAGAUUUAUUAGAAGAGGAUGAUGAUACAUGGCUUAAUAUACAUCCAGAUCAAUUAAAUGUGUUUUUGAAUGACCGGUAUGGGAAAAAAAAUCAAAUGAAAAAUAAUGAUCCCAUAACUCCCCAUAUUAUAAACUCAGACUUGACUAAAUUUUUAAAAGAGACAUCAGACUUUGAGGGUGUUGAAAAAGUUAAUACAGAAAAUGAAGAUGAAACAAUUGAAUUUAACUCUGAACAAUUUGUAAGUUGCUUAGAAAGAAUGCUAAGUAUAAUUUCAAGUAAAGAUGUUUCUGAUGAUUCAGAUCAAAGUGAUUUUAGUGAUGAAUGUGACAAUUCCAUUGAAGUGAACAAUGUAAAUGUAGAUCAAGACAGAGAGCUUGCUUCAAAAUUAAAAACAACCGACAAAGGCAAUGAAAAUGAUGAAGAAACUGUACUUAAAAAUUUCAUCCACAGCAUGAAAGAAGAAGGCUUAUCAGGUCCUGCUAGUACUGUAUUGAAAACAAUUGGAAUUAAUAAAUGUGAUUUAAUAGAUUCUGAUGAUGAUGAAUAAAAUAAAUAAAUAUUUUCUUAUUCUA